AUGUUCUACACUGAUCAUGAGAUUUAUAACAGCUCAAUAAGCGAUAGCGAGAACACAAGCAGCAGCUUUUCUGUUUGCGUUCGCUCAACUUUCAUGCCAGAAGGCUUCGCAGAAACAUUCGAUUCGGAUCCUAUCGAAUUUGAUUCGUCUGAUAUCAUUACCUUCGAUGAAGUUGAACCUAAACCAAGCUCAAUGCCAACAAAUUUCAGCCAAUUUAUGCUACCGGGGUUCGAUCUUAAUUGA